AACGUAGCCAAGCUCCGACAGGCCCGUCGAUCGGGCCACGGAGCAUCGACCGUUGUUGUUCGUACGCUCAGAGCCAGAGCUAGGGAGUGGUAGGUAGUCGAACGCCACCAAUACACAACCAGUUUUGUGCAUGCUGCGUCGCGACCAUUGGUCUACAAUUUGUCGACCAAUCAUUGAGAAAGUCCACACUAAAAUAUCCAAUUGUAACAAGGGGCACAGUUGAGCUUCGGAACCAUGGAGCAAAUUACUGCGGAUGGUCAGGUGGUGAUGCAAACAGUGUCUGGUGUUGCACCUCAGCAAGUCCAGGUCAUGCAGAUGCCAGCAAAUGGGCAAGUGAUCCAGGGUGCGAAUGGACAGCAGAUCAUGGUGCAUACGAUGCCACAGAAUGGUCAGAUACAAGUGGCGCAAGGUGCCAAUGGACUUCAACAAAUUCAAGUAGUGCCAGUGUCAAGUUUACAGGGACAGGGACAGAUAUUACUGCAGCAGCCCCAGCAGCAGACAGCGCAAAUAGUUCAAACUGCAGAUGGACAGACUUUUAUUUAUCAACCAGUGGCUAUUGAUGGUAGUGGAAUACAGCAGUCUCAACCAACAGUUUUGAAUAUCAAUGGGAAUUUAGUACAAUUGCAAAGUGCACAGACUGCACCAGCGGCUACGACUGUAACACAGCCCACUGCAGUCACAUCACCUAAUGGCCAAACAGUUGUCCAGCAUGUCGCAAACAGUUCCACCAAUCAACUGGCCAUGUCUAAUGGAAACAUAGUUAUGGUGAGAAAUGCAACGGAUAUGGUACCUGGCACCAGUGCAUCAGUCUCAAGAGUACCUAUAACCGGUACUGAAUUCUGGGAAGAGGAACCCUUGUACGUUAAUGCCAAGCAGUACAGAAGAAUUUUAAAACGACGACAAGCUAGGGCGAAAUUAGAAGCGGAGGGCAAAAUACCUAAAGAACGACCUAAAUACCUCCAUGAAUCCAGACAUAGGCAUGCAAUGAAUAGAAUACGUGGAGAAGGUGGUAGAUUUCACUCAGGUUCUGUGAAGAAACGAAAACAAAUGUUGCAGGAACAAGCAAGACAGCAGCAACAGCAGCAGCAACAAUCAUCACAGCAGCAGCAAACUCAUCAGCAAAAUAUACAACGUUCUAUGGUGUAUAGUGGUCUAGAAAAUACAAUUAUUAUAGAGUCUGUGAUGCCAGAAGUAAUAACUGACCCAUUGUCGUAAUGUUAUUCAAAGGAUUGUAAAUUUGUAAAUAUUUUCUUUUUAAGUUAAUUAGCAAUAUUGUAUAUAUAUAAUAUAAAAAUCUGUAACACUUUAGUAUUUAUAUAUUACUUUUUGGUAUUUAAAUAUAGGACUGAAGGUAGGAAGGACGUAAGUCUCGAUCUGAAAAUUGUAACUUUGAUAUUUUUUUUUCUCGUUUUGUUCUCUUUAUAUUCAAUUCAAUUGCGAAGAUAUUGUAUCUAGUUUGUUUUUUUUAUAUACACAUAUAUAUAUAUAAUCUUUUGAGUUAUAUUCAGUUAAUACCGAUGAUAUCGAAAUGUACAACAUAUUUUAUAUGCAAAAAUCAGCACCAAUAUUCCAUGGUUUAUAUUUAAGCUCAUAUAUUUUGCUUUGAAAGUGAAUAAAAUAUAUUUAUUUCAUAAAUAUUCAUUUCAACAUCGCAACGACAAAUCUAUUUUCAAAGUACAC